AUGUCUCACCCUCUCGUCGUGGAUGUCCACACCCAUGUCUACCCUCCGGCAUACAUGGCGAUGCUCCGCUCUCGCAAAACAGUUCCCUACGUCCACGAUCCAGCCAGCGGAGACCCGCGUCUAAUCAUUCUUGCAUCAGAUGACGAUCCCGCAAUCCCAAUUGACCAGCGUGGCCGCCCAGUCGACUCGUCUUAUUCAGACAUCAGCGUCAAGCUAGCAUUCAUGCAACAGCAUGGAAUCGACUGCAGUGUAAUCUCUCUGGCAAAUCCAUGGCUCGACUUCCUUGAACCAUCCGAGGCCCAAACAUGGGCUCAGCGGAUCAACGAUGAUCUAGAAGAAACCUGUGCGCAGGUGACCUCUGGCUCAGAUAAGGCACUGCCAUUGAAGGGAAGAUCAACUCUAUUUGCAUUUGCAGCCUUGCCGCUCAGCGCUCCUGAUCCUGAUAUCAUCGUGAAAGAAAUUAAGAGACUGAAAACCCUACCUCAUAUCCGCGGUGUGAUCAUGGGGACUUCGGGGCUGGGAGCCGGUCUGGAUGAUGAGCAACUUGACCCAAUUUGGGCUGCCCUGGAAGAAACACAGCUUCUUCUUUUCUUGCAUCCCCACUACGGUCUUCCGAAUGAGGCGUUCGGCGGCUCGGAAGCGAUGAAUCGCUACGGCCAUGUUCUCCCCCUGGCUUUGGGAUUCCCACUCGAAACUACUAUUGCAGUCACUCGAAUGUUGCUAUCUCGUGUGUUUGAUAGGUUCCCGCGCUUGCAAAUUCUAUUGGCUCAUUCGGGGGGCACGCUGCCGUUCUUAGCUGGACGCAUCGAAAGUUGUAUUCUUCAUGAGCGAAAGUUUGUUGCAGGCGGUGGCGAUGUUCCCGGGCCACAGAGAAGUAUCUGGGAAGUUUUGAAGACAAACAUAUUCCUCGAUGCAGUGGUCUAUGGGGUUGCUGGACUAAAGGCGGCGGUAGCCGUUGGAGGAGGCUCUGAUCGCCUUAUGUUCGGCACCGAUCACCCUUUCUUCCCUCCCCUAGAUGAAGGGGAAAAGGAAUGGGUCAGUGUGACAACUAACUAUAAGGCUAUUGAUGAGAAUUUUGCUGGGGAGAAGGAGGCCCUGACUGCUGUUUUGGGCGGAAAUGCCGUUCGUGUUCUAAAUCUCGAGUAG